AUGCAUAAAGCUCUUGAGAUUAUCGACAUCAUUCGUGAAAUUCUCGAGCAUCUCUUGCCUGUCAAACCGAAGUCGUAUAGCGCUCUAGGCAUUAGGGUAGGGAUGCCAGGCCGCAUAAACGCUAAUAUCACCAGGGAGCAAAGGGCCGCCAUCAAACAGCUCGCUCGAGCUGCACGCGUGUGCAAAAGCUUUCGUGACCCAGCACUGGACCUACUGUGGAAGACUUUGGAGGACAUCCACGACUUGUUACGCGUCUUGCCAGCCGUCCAGUCAAAAGUUGGCUCCCAGGAUCUGGAGUACCUUUCACUCUGCGACGAAGUGACCCAGGAAGACUGGGCGCGUUUCCAGCACUACGCACGACGUGUCCGCUACGCAAGGAGGAUCAACCUAGACCACACGCAGGCCUCACUCGUACCUCAUCUCUUCCGUCAAAAUGGAGAGAAGCCCCUUCUACCCAAUCUCAUAGAGCUUUAUUGGGAACAGCACUGCGACUCCCAUGCCGACGAUCGUAUCUUGAGCUUCAUCUCGCCCGGUCUGCGAAUCCUAGCUUUCCAUCAACAUGUAGAACAUGUAGACAAAGACAACAAUGACGAUGAUGAAAGUGACAAUAGUCAGGACGAUAUUGACGAUGGUGAAAGCGAAAAUAGUGACGACAACAGUGACGACGAUGAAAGCGAGAGUAGUGACGACAACAGUGACGACGAUGAAAGCGAGAGUAGUGACGACAACAGUGACGAUGAUGAAAGCGAGAAUAGUGAGGACGACAGAGACACUCAGGAUACUGGUGAUGAAGACGAAGACGAGACCGACCGUAUAGAGCACGACAAUGGAAAUGGAACGCACGACGAGCAGCAUGAAGAUCAUGCGCAGGGACAGGUGCAAGCCACCGAUAGGACGGCUAUUCCUGAGGACGAUCAGGACGCAGUUACAAUCACGAAAGGACCUGAAUCAGACCUCCUAGCGGUCUUCAAGAAGGUGGUGGCAAUGGCGCCAGAGCUUGAAGAGAUAUGCCUCCACAACGUCAGUUCCCUGCUCUCUCUACCAUUCUUCUCGCGGUGCCAGUCGCUACAACGAGUGGAUAUCAACGACGCCAUUGCCAAUACAGAUGUCCUCCGUGCACUCGCGUCACUUCAACAUCUACAAUGGCUCCACAUGUCAGUCGCCGAAUCCGACGAAGACACCGCAAUGUCCAUUAAUGGCUUCGUCGCGCUCACCACAUUGAACGUGUCGGGACCGGCUGGGGCGCUUGCACGCCUGUUUACGUCCAUUGCCCCGGCUCGGUUGGAAACACUGAACAUUACCAUCGAGUACACCGACUUGUACGGCUCGGUGGACGACCUCCACUCAUGUUUGGUUCCCGCAUGCUCAAUGAGCGCGAUAUCCUUGCGCGCCGUCUGCUUGGCUAUCUCGAAGCCGAAAAAGCGAAUAUCCUUUGGCAGGGCUGCCCUGCUCGACAUCGUGCGCCCGUUGCUGGAGCUGCAUAACCUGGAGUCCGUCGAAAUACGCUUCGUACACUUUGGCACGAAGCUUUCAGUCCCAGACUCCGCUUUCCUGGCCAUGGCCGAGGCUUGGCCGCGCCUCCGCUCCCUAGUCAUCGAGCACAGGCUACUGAACGACGAUUUGCCGACACUCGCCUGCGUGUACGAUAGCGCCCGCCUGUGCCCCGACUUGCGCUCCCUGACCCUCUAUAAAUUGCAACCGUGUCUGGAGUUUCCUGCAGAGUCUUAUGAACCCAUCGCACAUGAGCUGGAACGGUUCAAUAUGUAUUUCUGCGACUAUGACCAUGCUUCGUCCCAAGCGGCGGAGGUCGAAGUGUUCCUUUACCGCGUGUUUCCAAAAUCGGUUAUCGACUACUACGGUACGGUGUGGGAGGGAAAUCCGCGGCGUUGUCUGAAGUAG